CAAGAGUUGUUGUCAAGUUCAUACCCUAAAUAGUGAUUUAACCAAAACCUUUAAGGACUAAAAUACAGAUUAGGAUAUAGUAUAGGACCAAAGUAUUAAUAAAACAAAAAAAAAUCCCAAACUCCAUUGAAAUUGUACCGAACGCUGCUACCCCAAACCCAAAACAAAGAAAAGGUAUGGCCCGAAUGCUACCGAAAUCCCUACUCCUCCGCCACUCCAUCUUCCACCACCACUCCUCCUUCCUCCGCCGCUUUUCAUCAAAAGCUAAACUUUACGAAAUCGACCUGGACUCCGCUUCUUCAUCGGCAUCCGCCGUUAACAAAAUGGAGGAAAUCAUCCACUCCAUAAUUGUCCAAAAAUCCACCCCUGAUUGGCUCCCUUUCCUCCCGGGCUCCUCCUUCUGGGUCCCUCUUCCUCGCCAAGGUUUCAAGAAAGUAUCCGAUUUCAUCGAUCAAUUGACCAAUCAGCUCACUCCCGACGAGUACCUCUCGCUCACCACCGGACGCGGCUGGCCCUGCGUCAACUUUUUUGUCUCAGAUGGACACUAUACAGAUGUUACAAGCAUGGAUGUGGAAUUGAAAUUUCCAGAGCAGGAGGAAGGGGAAGUUAAGGUGGAGAUUUUGAUUGGUUCAGGCGACAAAACUUCUUGACAUGUGGACGGAGAUGAUGAUCCUACUGAAUAAUUUCCAUAUCUCUCAAACACUACAUCUCAUCUCAGGCUUUGCGUACCUUUCACAUCUGGUUCAUCAUGGGAGAGGCUGCUUAAUGAAAAUGCAAGAUAUUGUACAGAUACAAUUUCCAUAGUUUUGGGAUGGAGAGUUUAAUGUUAUAGUUUGCUUCAAGACUUGUUUAACUUCAUUCUACUAUGGAGUUUGUCGAUGAUAAGUAGACCACCUAUUAUCGUUGUUUACUGUACAUUUGCAUCAAUCACCGAUUGGAUGAUUAGUUUCUUUCUGAAGUUACUUAAAAAACAAAAUCUCAUGGCUUAUGGGUGUGUUCUUUUCUUUAGGCUAUUAAAAUUCUUGUCUUUGGUCAUCACAAUUUAGUAUCUAUCAAGAUGCCCUGCCAUUGUCCAUGGAUUCCCCAAGCAUUUUAAUGAAUUUUGUACAGAGCUAAGUGUCAAGAGUGCAGGUGAUAGAAUGUUAUGGUGGGUUUCUUGGAUUGAAUGGUUCAUCACCACCAAUGAUAUUUUUGCACAAUUUUCUUUGUUCCAAUGAAAACGACUGUACUUUUAAA